GACCAAACCGAUCCAACGUAGCCGAGACAUGGCGGUGGGACAGGGAGAAUUCACCCACCAGAAACGGCCCAGAUCCAGGGGAACAGUCGCUCUGUUGGUUCUUGUCGCUGUUGGUCUCACACCAGGGUCAAGGGGAAUAACUGAACCCGAGGAGGUGAGGGGAGAGUUGGGGCAGUCGGUCACUGUGGAAUGUCGGUACGAUCGGAAAUACAGUGACAACAGGAAGCUAUGGAGGAGAGGUGAUUCUUACCGGGAAGCUUAUACCGUGGUUUCUACUGAUCGCCCACAACAAGGGAGAACAUCGAUGACUGAUAACAAAACACAACAGAUAGUUUCAGUCACCAUCGACAAGCUGGAGAAGACUGAUGAAGGACUCUACUGGUGUGUGAUAGUAAGGGGAAAACAUUCACCCAUUGAAUCGACCCCCAUCUCAUUGACGGUUUCUGAAGGGUCAAGGGGAAUAACUGGACCCGAGGAGGUGAGGGGAGAGUUGGGGCAGUCGGUCACUGUGGAAUGUCCGUAUGGUCAGGAAUACAGUGACGACAGGAAGCUAUGGAGUAAAGGUUAUUUUUACAAAAUAUCUUCUACCGUGGUUUCUACUGAUCACCCACGACGAGGGAGAACAUCGAUGACUGAUAACAAAACACAACGGAUAGUUUCAGUCACCAUCGACAACCUGGAGAAGAGUGAUGAAGGACGCUACUGGUGUGCCAUACGCGUACGAUGGAACUUCAGUGAAAAGACCUCCAUCUCAUUGAAGGUUUCUGAAGGGUCUCAAACAAGCCGCCCGGAUAUGGUCACCACCACCUCUACAACAGUAAGCACAAAGGCUUCCACCACAACCACUCUGACCACCAUGCCACAAAGUACACCAACCACCAAGGCAGCAAGUUCCACAGAGUCUCAUGGUUCAACACCUCCAAAAAGGGACACAGAUACAUGGCAGGUUGUUCUACCGAUCACCUUGACAAUUGUCUUUCUUCUGUUCAUCGCUGCCAUUAUCCUAAGUGUAAAAAUGAGGCAGAAAAAGAAAACUGGCUCAAAGGAACAGAGAAUUAUGAGUCAGGAAAACCCAGCAGAAAGUUUCAAGGCAUUUGCGUUCAGAUCUCACCAAGAACAGUGCAUGGUCAUCUAG